AUGCCCGGACUCAACCUCCAGGGCGCCUCAGCCAUUGUGACAGGUGCAGGCUCCGGCAUCAACUUGGCCUUUGCACGGGCCCUGUUUGAGAAAGGGUGCAAUGUCCUAAUUGCAGAUAUCGGCCUUCGGCCCGAAGCACGAGAAUUCGUUGAUUCCGCCGCACAAAAAGGCGGCCCGAAGGUUGUCUUUGAGCCAACAGAUGUCACGGACUGGUCUCAGUUAGAGAAGACCUUUGAUAUCGCGAAGAAACAGUUUGGGACUGUGCCCGACCUUGUGUGUCCUGGAGCAGGGAUCUAUGAGCCGCCAGCCUCAGGAUUCUGGGGAGAUAUCGAUUCAGCCUCCCACUACAAGCUAUUCGACAUCAAUCUUGUACAUCCGAUCAAGAUGACGAGAAUUGCUAUUCGGCACAUGCUGCGUGCUAAGAAGGCAGGAACGAUCCUCCACAUUGCCAGCGUUGCGGCGGAAACUGUCAGUGUGAUCACGCCCCUGUACCAAGCAUCAAAGCAUGGAAUUGGCAGUUUCGUUAUGGGCAUGGGUGCCAUAGAAAAGAUUUGCGGGAUCCGGGUCCUCGGAGUCGCUCCUGGGGCCAUUGCGACUCCUCUUCUCUUAGAGGAUCCCGGGGUCGCUGGGUGGGUUGAUCCGACGAAGGACAAGAUGCUCGAUCCCAGUGUUAUUGCGAGCGCCUUGGUCGCUCUGGCUGAGAACGUAAAUGACAAGUAUCCGCCAGGGACACUCCUGGAGGUGAUGGACGAGACCGAAGACCAAUGGCGCAUCAUCCCGGUGUUCAACAAUCCUGGGCCUGCAAGGACGAAUCUGGUCAGUAACAAGGACAGUGCACUGGUGACAAUCCAGAAGAUACUGAAGGAGGAAGCCGAGUGA